AAUAUGCGACUAAGACAUACUGUGGGUUGUCCGAAAGACAACACUAUCUCAUUUUAACAAUUAAGAAAUAAGCUUCUCAGGUGAACGUCACACCCAUUCUCUUUUCUUUGCACAAGAAGCGUGUUUCUUUCACCGGGAUUGCUCCACCACUUCGUCCGGCACCAGGAAAUCUGGAAGGGUCCUUAGAAUGAUUCUUUCCGUGUUGGGCGAAGCAGAGGGAGGGAUGAUGGUAUGAAGAGGAAAGCGAAGCGGACGACAGAGAGACAUGGCGAGGGUAGAAUUGGGAUACCAAGGGAGAGGGAAAUGGUGUUCUUAUAAGAGAACCACUGUCAUCAUCUGUUGUAUCAACAUUGUUGCAGCUCUUUACGUUCUCUACACCCUCUGCUCCUCCGUCUAUGUCUUCAAUAAUGCCCCACCCAACGUUCUUAAAUAUACUCCAGAUCAGAUUAGGAAAAUGCAGGAUUCGAUUCGGAUUCGAAAGGCGUCAGAACCCAUAGAACUUGUUAGAUUGGUGAAGGAAAUGAAAGGGGAAUUUUCCAGAGAAAAAAGUGUAGUAGAAUUAUCCAUUCCCAUGAAACAGAAGAUAACCAUUGAGAUUCUGCAGCGGUUGAAAGGGCUGAAUGCCAAUGCAAAUGUGAGCGAACAGCGAGAGUUGGUGGAGAUCUGGCGCAAGGAAAAAUUAAAAGAGGCCAAACAGCUGAUACGCAGCAAAAAAACACUUAAUUCAACCAUUCAAGCCAAAGAAGCUAGGAAUCUAAUAAGAGCCUUGGAGUCUGGGUGGACCAUGCUAUUGGAAGAUAUUGGGCUUUGGAUACCAGCUGAGAUAGUUAACAAUGAACAUGAUGAUAAACCAGAGGGUGAAGAGGAGCUUGAUGAUGAAGUUCUAGCUGGUCCGCCAGUUCCACCUGAAUGCCAUGCUGAGCUUCAUACAGAUUAUGAUGGGGCUGCUGUCAGAUGGGGCCUCACUCACCCCAAGGAAAGUGCUGCUGACUGUUGUCAGGCUUGUCUUGAACAGGCUAAACGUGCAAAGCGAGGUGCAAUGAAGUGCAACAUAUGGGUUUAUUGCCCAUCUGAAACAGGGUGCUAUUCACCAGAUAUUUAUGAACACAAGCAUCAGGAGUGCUGGCUGAAAUAUGCAGAGAAACCUAAAUUGAACUUCAAGGACAAAUAUUCUGAUUCAUAUAGAAGUGCCCACCCGACAGCACCCUUAAUUGUUCCUUGGGUGUCUGGUGUUGUUAGUACAUGAGGCAUUGGUGAUGAGAGGGCUGCAAAUCUGAAGAUAAUUUCAGAGGAUCAAAGGUCACGAAAUUUGACCAUCCACUGGAAAGCUUAUUCAGUCUGAUUUCGACGAUCCAUUCUCCCCACCACUGUUUGUAUUCCCUGGCAUUCAUUCAUGUCUACUUGUUUUUAAUGUUUCUUUGCAAUACUAGGUGCGGUUCAAGCCACACUUCAGAAAGAAAAGGGAAAAGAAAAAGAGAAAGGUGAUACUGAGCAUGGAUCUGUGCAAGGCUUCUAAGUUGAGCAGCCUUGCACUAGCUGAAGGAGUUUUUGGUACUGUGGAUAUCGAUCAUAGUGCUGAGACCUACAAAAAAUUCUUAGAUGAAUGUAAUCUGUCAUUAUUGAUUAACUUUAAUGUGGAUGCCAAGUUCUUAGUUCUUGGAAUUUGUUUGUUGUUGGUUUUU